CCGUCUUUUGUGUAUUUGUAUUCGUAUGUGACGAGCCACAAAAGUUUUUUGCGGAACAUUUUUUGUGUACAUUUUAAGCGUUUGUCGAGCGCUCAAAAAUUAUUUAUUGCAUUGCAAUUGUAAAUUAUAGGCAUUUGCCUGUGUUUAAUUAAAGUGCGGUGGAUUGUGCGCGGCGUAAAAGGUGCAUAAAUCGCAAAGCGAAUUUACCCCAAAUUCGCGUUCGGGUGAAAUUUCAAUGAACUGAGAAAACAAAGACAGAGACACACACAGUUGAAGCAGAGCAAGAAGAAGCAGUGGCAACAGCGCAAUAGCAAGCAAUUAUUUACUUACAAAAAAAAACCAACAUAUUAUACAUAAGAGAAGGCAAAACAAUACAAAUAACCCAAAACGUUUCGAAAUAAAAUCAUAACGCUUUCACUCUGUAUAAAGUUUUUGCAUUGGCCGCCAUAGUAGCAGACCAAAAUUGUGUAGUCGCCGCUUUUCUGCAAAGGCAAAAGGAAGGCAUAUAAAAAAAACCUUCGGUACUCCUUCUUUCGGGCAGGCACGACGAAGUAAAGUUCACCAAUACAGACAGCGCGUGUAUGCAUAAUACAUACAUACAUACGUGUAUAUAUAUACAUAUAUACGCAAUAUAUUUAGGGACGAUACGGCGCGGAAAAAUACCAACUAACCUCUCCGCCACUCCGCACGUUUCGGCUACACUUUGCGCAUCAUCUAUCGACGGCGUCGUCGGCGGCGUGGGUGUAUGUGAAUGUGAUAGUGUGUAAGCGAAUCCGUGUACAUGUACAUGUAUCCUGAAUGUGCCGUUGCAUGAGUGCCAUUUAUUCGUAACUGUAAUACAUUUGGCUGCCCAAAUCAAGUGAUCAAGUGAAUCAAAGCAUUCAAAUUAACGAGAUUACGGACCUCAGUUGGCGCAGCAGCUGACAAAACGCAGCAAGACGGCGCUAGGACGACGGCAGCGUCAGUGUCAGCAACCAAAACGUCCCAGUCGCUUUGGAAUGUUAAAUGCGGUGAAAACAAAACAUUCAGUGUAUGUUGUUGUUGGUAGCAGCAAUAGUCGGCAAACAGUAGCAUUAACAGUGGAAGAAGCAGCAGUAUCAUCUAACGUUCAUUUAGAUUAUGGCGAAUUUAAAUUUUCAACAACCGCCGAGAAGCAUAGCAAACGCAGCUUUAACGGGCCGAACAACAGGCGGCUUUGGUGGUAGCUCCAUGUCAGGUCAUGUAACACCCACGUCUGGCAUGUUCCAAACCGAUUUCGCCACUGCUUAUCCAGGCGCCACGAAUUACGGGCAACAAACGCAACAGCCGCAACAGUUAUCGCCAAAUCGCAAUGCGCAGUUAUCGGUUGGCGGUCCUGCCUUAUCGAGUGGCAAUCGAACCGCGAAUCUAUUUGGCCAGCGGCCGUUUGUGGAGCGUCGUGCCAUGCAGGGUCUGGGCAGCGGGCCCAUGUCGAACAUGGGCAACUUUAUGCAGUCCGGUCGCGGCGGCUAUGGGACAGGCGGCGGCGGUGGGGGUGGGCCCUUAAAUAACUUUCAUGUAUUCGGUGGCGGCAGUGGGGCAGAUUCAUCAACGCCAGCGCUGCUCGAUCCCACAGAGUUCCCAUCACUGACGAAUGCACGCGGUCAGAAUGAUCAGACACUGCCCCAAUCGAAUCCCCUCCAGCCGCCGGGCAGCAAACCCUACGGUAAUUUCUUUACCUCUUUCGGCAUGGUGAAACAGCCAACGUCAGAGCAAUCGGAGUUCACGAUGUCUAAUGAGGAUUUUCCAGCGUUACCGGGCACCCAGAACUCAGAUGGCACAACGAACGCGAUAGGCACUAGCAGCGGUGGCAUUGGCAGCGCUGCAAGCGGCGGUGGCGUCGGUGGCAGUGGCAUUACAGAGAAUAAUCUGGAUGGAACGGAAAAGGCGAUGAAUUCAAUUGUGGUCAGCGGCGGUUCAGGCAACUCUGGAAACGUUGUGGGGGGUAAUGGUCUCGGUGCCGUUGGUAGCGGUCUUGGCGGUGUUGUUGUUGGCGGUGGUGGCGGUGGCGGUGUCGGCAGCAGUGGCACUAGCGGUGUGGUCGGUGCGACGCAUGUAGGAUUAGUGGGCGCCGGCGGUGGUGGUGGUGUCAACAGUGUCACCGGUCAAAAUGCAAUGAUGGGCGUUGGCGGUGGACUCGGCAGUGGCAGUGGCGGCGGAUCAGGCGGCGACCAUAUGAACGAUAAUUCCAGCAAUGAUAAACUUUUGAAAAGCGGCGUACAAACAUCGCCAGAUGGCAAGGUCACAAACAUACCAGCGAGCAUGGUGAACAAUCAGUUUGGCAUGGUGGGUCUGCUGACGUUCAUAAGAGCAGCUGAAACGGAUCCCAAUCUGGUAACGUUAUCGCUGGGCACGGACUUGACGGGCCUAGGAUUGAAUCUGAAUUCACAAGAGAGUUUGCAUCCAACAUUCGCUGGACCGUUCGUGGAACAGCCCUGCAGAGCACAAGACGUUGAGUACAACGUUCCACCCGAAUAUCUGAUCAAUUUUGCGAUUAGAGAUAAGCUCACAGCGCCCGCACUAAAAGUGCUGCAAGAAGAUCUGCUCUUUUUCCUCUUCUACACGAAUAUUGGUGAUAGAAUGCAAUUGAUGGCAGCUGCUGAAUUGCAUAGUCGCGAGUGGCGGUAUCAUGUGGAGGAGAAAAUUUGGAUAACUCGAAUUCCUGGCAUUAAUCAAUAUGAAAAAAAUGGUACAAAAGAGCGUGGAACUUUCUAUUACUUUGAUGCGCAAAGUUGGAAACGUUUGUCCAAGGUUUUCCAAAUAGAUGCCGAGAAAUUAGAUAAAUGUCCCAAUGUAAGUGCGUUUAUGAAUGGAAAGUCUGUAUAA